AUGAGUCCACCUGAAGAAAGCAAGGAUAAUUUGACAAUGUUCGUUGCGAGGUUUGUGGUGUGCACCAUACUGAGUCUGUCAUUUGCUGUCGGGGUCCCUGGGAAUGCCUUUGUGAUCUGGACAAUUUGUCGACGAAUGAAGCAGCGUUCCCUGUCUGUCACGCUGAUCCUGAAUCUAGCCAUUGCUGACGUCCUCGUUCUUGUGACCUUGCCAAUCUGGAUUUAUUCUUUUGCCAACGCCUGGAUCUUUGAAAUCAUCACUUGCAAGGCCCUUGUCUUUGUCGUUUACUGCAACAUGUACGCAAGCAUAUUCCUGAUCACAGCCCUGAGCUUGGAAAGGUUUAUGGCGGUCUUUCGCCCCUUCACUGUUCAACGGAGAACCAACAAGAUGUUCGUCCACCUAGUGACGCUUUUCAUCUGGAUUUUCUCCAUUGCUUUUGGAGCACCCAUCCUUUCAUUUCAGGAAACAGAGGAGACAGACAUUGGCCUACAGUGUACCUCUCGCAACUAUCAUUCCAACUCUCAGAGGGUGGCCUGUCUCUUGCUGGAGUCCCUUGUGGGCUUUCUGGUUCCGUUUGCCAUUAUAUCCAUCUGCUACGUGUGCAUUGCCAAACGAAUCAGCCACAUGACGGGCUCGUCGAAGCAACGAUCGACCAGGCUGGUCGCUUCUGUGGUGGUGUCCUUUGCUCUCUGCUGGCUCCCCUAUCAUGUCUUUAAUCUCAUGAGCAUCGCUUCUGCCGCGAUGGAAGAUUCAGACAAAAAGGCGUCAGAACUGCUGGAAGAUACUGCAAACCGGGGGACCUACAUUGCAGGGGCGAUCACAUUUCUUAGCAGCUGCGUAAACCCCCUUCUCUACGCCUUUGCGGCCAGGAACUUCCAAAGCAGUGUGAGAUUUACCAAGCUGUCCAAACUGUUUGAACAAAUGAAUCCAGUAACGAAGCCGGAAGGGACAAAAGAACUCUGCGUCAUCAAUGGAAAAGAGGAGACUUUGACAAGCACAGAAUUGAUCUAAGCAAGGCUUCUCUCAAGACCAUCUGUUACAGAAAGGACAAUCAUGAUCACAAAUGUCAUCGCAGAUCAGUCUUCACAAAAGGACAUCACCGGGGAAAGGUCAACCCAUCCGGAAACAUACUUCCAUACUCCUGGCUGGGCACUUCCUUUUUAAUCCAGCAAGGCUGACUGCUUCCUGCCCAGCA